CGGAUUCGUAUACCAGUCCGCACCACCGCCUUCACUCUCCGCUCAUGGCCACGGCGGAAGCUGCAAUGCUGUCAACCGAGUGACAGUCUCCUUCCGCGAAUCCGACCAGCUUCACAUGCUCGAGGAAGACCCAGAUCGCACCCCACUACUACACUAAUCCGAUCCGCCCUUUUCCUCCGACCGGAGAACGACACCGAUCACCUAACGCCUUCUCCUGACGACGACCUCUUUCGCACACCGAUUACUCCUCCUCGCGCCGUUCGCGUACGCAGCCACCCACCAUGCCGAAAGGAAUGCUCAUUUUCUCGGGCAAUUCGCACCCGCAGCUCACCGAGGACAUCUGCACGCACCUGGGCAUUCCUCCAGCGAAGAUCCACCUCUCGAAAUUCAGCGUGGGCGAGACACAAGUGGAAGUCGGCGAGAGCGUUCGCGGGAAAGAUGUCUUCAUUGUGCAGUCCGCCUGCUCGAAACCUCCGAAUGGCACCGGGAACGGCGGUUCCCUCAACGACGGUCUCAUGGAGCUCCUCAUCACAAUCAGCGCUUGCAAGACAGCGAGUGCGAAACGAGUGACGGCUGUGCUCCCACUGUUUCCAUACUCGCGCCAGAGCGAUCUACCAUACAACAAAGUCGGAGCACCUCUCGCACGCAUGCCAGCGAAGACGGCAGACAAUGGCGGCAAUUACACCUUCGACUCGCGACCAGGAACACCUGGACCCGGUGGACACAACCUCCCAAGAGACGAGAAGCUGGAGAAGAAGCUCGGCGGGAUGAAGUUGCAAGGAGAGCUGCGCAUGCCUGUGAGCAGGAGCAAUACACUGGAAAGCGCGGCAUCGGACACAUCCCCACCAGAGGGCAGCACAUCAAACUACACCGCUCCGCCAGAGUUCAAGCCGCAGCGUGGAUACAAGCAAUGGGUCGCUCAAGCCGGCACACUCGUGGCAGACCUCCUGACCUGCGCCGGAGCAGACCACAUCAUCACAAUGGAUCUCCACGACCCGCAAUAUCAAGGCUUCUUCGAUAUUCCCGUGGACAACUUAUACGGCCGACACCUCUUAAGACAAUACAUCGCGCAACGAAUCCUCCCACAGCACGGCGGUGUCGACCGCUGUGUGAUUGUCAGUCCCGAUGCGGGCGGUGCCAAACGCGCAACCAGCAUUGCAGACUCGCUGGGCAUGGAGUUUGCGUUAAUCCACAAGCACGACAAUCCCACAUAUCAGACCAACGGUGUCAACAGCAACAGCAGCGCACUUUUACUGGUCGGACAUGUACGGGAGAAGAUUUGCAUUCUCAUCGAUGAUCUGGCGGACACGUCCAACACCAUCACCCGAGCUGCGAAGUUGCUGAAACGGGAAGGCGCGACCAAGGUAUACGCGUUGGUGACGCACGGAGUGUUGAGUGGAGAUGCCGUAGAGCGGAUUUUCCACUCUGGUCUUGAUAAGGCAAAGUUGUGCCACGCGUACGGCAAGCCUGGUGGGAAGCUGGAGGUGCUGAACGUGGCGGGCGUGUUUGCAGAGGCUAUUCGACGGGUGCACCACGGAGAGAGCAUCAGCGUAUUGUUCCAAUACGACUGA